AUGUCCCAGUGGGAAGGCCAGCUGUACACCAUGUACCGAGAUUUGGUGCGCCCUCUCAAGGCGUUGGCUGAGUGGUGGGGUUCUCUCAGGCCCAGACAAACCAUCGAGACAUCCACGUCGCCAUAUCUGUCCCCCGCCCGAAUAGCAUGGAACCGCACCAGGGCCAUCGGUGUGAAAGCCGGCCUACUCAAAUCAAACGAAGACCUGGCGCCGCAGGAUCCCACGGGGAUAUUCGCCGCCGCACUGGAGACAGUCACAGCCACCGUUCUCAGGGAAACAGGCAUCAACAUCUCGUCGGCGAUGGUGCUCUACCCGGAUUUCCUGGAUUGCAAACAUGACAGGACGCAUCGCGGACAGGGAGAGCUUAUCAAGCGUGCCAUGAGAAUGGCAGGCUUGUACGCAAGACUUCGGCCCUCUUUCCCCGUUCGCACCGCGCCCUGGUGCAAGGGGCACAAUCUCGUGCUCCUCGACCAGGGCCAUUGGGGUCUGGACGUCACAGUCACAGGGGGAUAUGGUGGGGGAUUCUGCCUCCCUAACCUCUUCGUUGAAGACCUCGGCUGCGACGCUAUUAUGCGCGAUUUGAUCUCAAGCCUGUCAAACACGGACGCUGUCCGUAAAGAGCUGGAUCAUGGGGCAUCAUUCGCGAAACUCGCAGCGGAGGUCAGCAGGGCGAGGGAGGCGCUCAUGGCGCAGCAUGAUGCCGGCACCUUUGUCCACAAGUGGCCAGUUAAUGUGCAUGAUUGGUGGACUAGUCCGGAAGAGCGCGAGCCGGAUUCUAUAUCGCUGCGCUGGGAGGCUGUCCAGGCCGUGGACGAGAAGUAUUUGCGUGAUCUGGCACGCUGGCUUGUUGCCGCGCGGGAUUGUAUUCAAGAACGCACGGAACACUGCGCGCCUACGGCAACGACGAACUCGGCCAUCGAUGGCGUCGUCAUGCUCGGCGCCGACUGCUCCUCCUCGCUCCUUGUUGAAGCGGUUCGAGCGUUGCUGGGCGAGGAGGUGCAGAUCUUCCGCUCUCCACGCGAUACAGAUUCGGACGUGGGAUUGCAUGUUGCGGAACUGGGGGCAAAGGCUGCGCUGUGGGUGCGGGAGGACGCGAUCGGCAAGGAACUUGCGAAGCACUGUGAUGAUCUCUUUGGGUAUGAUGCUGAUGAGGAGGGGGAUGAAUGGUACGAGCAUGGAGAGCUGUCAAUCUGCUGCCCCACAGUGGAACCGAGCCAGUCGAAGAGCACGGGGAUUGCAAUCCCCGAACGACCGGGCCAAUCAGGUCCUUGCUUGCAUGUAUUUUGUAUAAAUACCCCGUUGCGAACCAUCGAUGCUCCCAUCCAUCCUGCAAACUUCAAUCCCCUCAAUAAAUCCAUUCUCAACAUGCCCUUUGACGUCUUCACCAGAUGGCGGCCUCUCCUAAAUUCAUCAUCCACAUCUCCAGGCGAAGCUGAAACAGUACCGGUCGCCGAAGCAGAGAUCACCCGAGCACACGAUACCUCACCAGGCAAGAACCGCACAGCAACCUCCAUAACACCACCACCCCAUCUCUCUCGAACCGCCGGCGUCCGCCCCUGGAAAAGCGGCCCCAUAUUCAACCGAGUCUUCGAAGCGACUGAGCCCGCGAACAACAGAACCGUCUUCGACGCCAUCGUCGCACCAGUCAUCCCGCGCGUGUUGGCCGGCCAAACAGCCAAUUUCCUUGCGUACGGACACUCGGGGAGCGGCAAGUCGCAUACAAUCAUCGGAUACGAAUUUGAGAAUGAGGACGAGUUCGGGCUGUGUUUGGCGGCUGGUCGGAAAAUCUUCGACGCUCUGGAGAGGGUUGGAUUGUCGACUUCGACGUCAAGGACCACUGAGCAUACGGACCAGCUGGGCGUCGGGCUGAGUAUGUAUGAGCUCCGCGGGAACACAGCAUUCGACCUACUUCAUCCCGGGCAUGAUCAAUCCAAUACAGGUACAAAAACCCCCUGCCACAUCCGCUCAGGCCCCGACGGCAAAACACACAUCCGGGGCGAGACAGAGACAUUCCCCGACGGACGCGUCCGAGUUCGACCCAUCGCGCAACGUCCUUGUUGGACCUUUAACGAACUCCGGGAGGCUCUACUCGCCGGGCUGGAACUACGUGCAACGGGGACGUCAACGAUCCACGACCAGAGCUCUCGCACGCACGCUGUGCUCGAGCUGGAGAUUGUCACCGGGACUUUGCUUGAUGCCCGUGAUGCGGUGAUCGAGCGGCAGAGCGAACUUGUCCCCGUCGCGAAACGCGCGACGGAUAUUUACAUCGAGGAGAAUAUGAAGGGGCUCAUCCAGGACGAGACGGGAACGUACGUCCCGAAUCCGGAGUAUACGAUCAACCAAGCGCGCAUCGACGAGGCGGAGGGCAAGAAAGCCGAAUUCGAGAUAGCAGUCACUAGAGCCGAGGAAAAGUGCUCCCAGUGCGAGAGCGAAGCUGUCUGCCCAGGAACAGCGCGAGGGACGACAAAUCAACACCGACCUCCUAGCGCUGAAGGAAGUUAUCCGGGCACGGGCGCUGGGGCACGCGCGGAUCCCGUACCGCUCGUCGCCGUUGACGAUGGUGCUGAGGGGGCAUUUCGAGGCUUGUUCUGGUUCGAAGAAUACCAGAAGCAAGGACAAGGUUGA